GCCACAGGUCAGAGGCGACCAUCAGCAGCCGCCUGCUAAGGGGCAGGGGCGGCAGCGGCCCUCGCCCCGCCUCCCAGCCCGGCACAGUCCCCAGGGCAGCGGCCAGGGUGGGGGCCUCCGCACCGGCAGGAGCGCAGCAGUAACCGCCGCCGGGGCGCCCCCCACACCCCACCCGCCCGGGAACGCCCGAGGGAGCCCCGCAGGACCCUCGCCGCCGGAUGCCGCCCCUGCCCCAGCGCUCACUCGGGGCGCAGGCGGCACGGCGAGGCCCGGAAGCCAGCCACGCGGGCACGCAGCCCACGCCGGGCUCUGCCGGGACGCCCCGGGAAUCCCUCUCGCCUGCCCGGCCGGCGAGCGGAGGGCUGAAGGUCACCGCUGGAAGGCCGGGACUCGGACGGCCCGCGCUCACCAUUCGGGCGAAGUUCGGGGGCCGCAGUGGGAGGACGGCCGCCGCUCUGAGGCCGGGAGCUGCGGCUGAGCCUGGAGGCCGCAGGAGGAGACGCGAGCGCGCGAGGAGCCGGACGGCGCGAUACAUGGUUGGAUCAUUAAAUGCAUGCUUCCUUGCAAAGAGGAAUUUCCAAGUUGAUGUAUAUGAAGCUAGGGAAGAUAUCCGAGUGGCUAAAUUUGCACGUGGAAGAAGCAUUAACUUGGCCCUUUCUUAUAGAGGACGACAAGCCUUGAACGCCAUUGGCCUGGAAGAUCAGGUGGUAUCCCAAGGCAUCCCCAUGAGAGCAAGAAUGAUUCACUCUCUUUCAGGGAAAAAGUCAGCAAUUCCCUAUGGGACCAAGUCACAGUAUAUUCUUUCUCUAAGCAGAGAAAAUCUAAACAAGGACCUAUUGACUGCUGUUGAGAAAUACCCCAAUGUGAAGGUGCACUUUGGCCACAGGCUGUUGAAAUGUAAUCCUGAGGAAGGAGUGAUCACAGUGCUUGGAUCUGACAAAGUUCCCACAGAUGUCACUUACGACCUCAUUGCAGGAUGUGAUGGAGCAUACUCCACUGUCAGAAGUCACCUCAUGAAGAAACCCCGCUUUGAUUACAGUCAGCAGUACAUUCCUCAUGGGUACAUGGAGCUCACCAUCCCACCCAAGAAUGGGGAUUAUGCCAUGGAACCUAAUUAUCUGCAUAUUUGGCCUAGAAAUACCUUUAUGAUGAUUGCACUUCCUAACAUGAACAGAUCUUUCACGUGUACUUUGUUCAUGCCCUUUGACGAGUUUGAAAAACUUGUAACCAGCAGUGAUGUGCUGGAUUUCUUCCAGAAGUACUUUCCAGAUUCCAUCCCUCUAAUUGGAGAGCAAACCCUGGUACAAGAUUUUUUCCUGUUGCCGGCACAGCCCAUGAUAUCUGUGAAGUGCUCUUCUUUUCACCUGAAGUCACACUGUGUGCUGAUGGGGGACGCAGCUCACGCCAUUGUGCCCUUUUUUGGGCAAGGAAUGAAUGCAGGCUUUGAAGACUGCUUGGUAUUUGAUGAGUUAAUGGAUAAAUUCAACAAUGACCUUAGUAUGUGUCUUCCUGAAUAUUCAAGAUUGAGAAUUCCAGAUGACCACGCGAUCUCAGACUUGUCCAUGUACAAUUACAUAGAGAUGAGAGCACAUGUCAACUCGAGGUGGUUCAUCUUCCAAAAGAACAUGGAAAGAUUUCUUCAUGCUCUUAUGCCAUCUACCUUUGUCCCCCUCUAUACCAUGGUCACCUUUUCCAGAAUAAGAUACCAUGAGGCAGUGUUGCACUGGCACUGGCAGAAGAAGGUGAUAAACAAAGGACUCUUUUUCUUUGGGGCACUGAUAGCCAUUGGUAGUACCUACCUAUUUAUGAGCUCCAUGUCACUGAGACCCCUGCACUACUUCAGAAGACCAUGGGACUGGCUCACUUCCUUCCAGAACAGGACAUGUUUCCCUGCAAACUCUAUGGAGUCACUAGAAAAAAAUCCCGAUAUCAUUAGCAGGUGA